ACAGGUGCUCUGAAAAAAAAAAUCACAAACAUUAUAAGACUCUGCUCAUUACCUUUGUUUGUUACUCAGUGAGUAAUCAUUUAGAUUUUAAAAGUACAGAUACACAUAUGGACAUAAACUACGUCCAGUUAACCGUAUAAAAAUGUUGCUUGAAAUUCAGGAAGUAAAAAUAGUCAUAGACUGAGGAUAUUAAAGACACCGCAUUGUUGAUUUGUUCAAAACCAUAGAGUGGAAAUGAAGGAAAACAAGCUCAGCCAUGGAUUUAUUUAUUUAGUGUUCAUUUUUGCUCACGCAGUUUCUAAACCUGCGUUUUUCCCAGAUAUCCCAUACUUAUUCUGGACAGCAAAGACAAAUUGGAUAUUUUACCAGAACAAUACCGAACAAUGGGUCCUUAACAAUACAAACCCAAAUAUAUAUAGCUUCAGUUACGGGGAUACAAAACACAAACAUCUAGGAUGUUCUUACGAUUUUGAAAGGGGAUUUAUCAUCUUCAGUGACAAUAACGCCAAUACCAUAACACUUCUAGGCGAGUUAAGUAAUGGAGCCGCUCAGGGGGCCUUUGUCCACGUCGGCACCUCCUCUGGUGUUGGACACGUCGCUGUGGACUGGGUCAGUUCCAAUGUCUACUGGUCAGAUAGUUUGUUUGGCUGGAUAGGACUUCAAGCUCUUCCCAAAAACUUGGGAUCAGCAGCAUUUAACACGAAAUUCAGGGUUGUGGUGGAUAAGUUCCUGGACGUUCCUUCCGGUCUUGCCGUGCAUGCCGGUAAAAGAUUACUAUUUUGGACAGACAUUGGGACACAACCAAAAAUAGAGCGUUCUUCCUCUGACGGUUCUGACAGGAGAAUCCUCGUUUGGUCCGGGAUCAUUAAGCCUGAGUCUGUGACUGUGGACAUACACAACAACCUGCUAUACUUCACAGACUCUGCGCGGGAAACUGUAGAGUCAUGUGACCUAGAGGGAAACUCGAGGCGUAUUCUUUUUUACGAGACAAACUCCUACUUCUACGGCGUGGAAACUUUUAAGAAUUUAGUUUUCGUCUCGGACCAGUCAACAGAUCGCAUUCUGGUCCUCUCUAACUCGACAGGACACAGAGUAACACGUCCGGUGACAGUGGAGUCUACUCCAUUUUCUUUAGGUUUGUUUGCUGAAGCCAAUCAACCACAGAGUUCAACAGCAUGUGACACUUUCGGCUGUAACCAGAUCUGUAUCACGGAGUUGUCUGGGGCUAGAUGUCUUUGUGAGGAUGGCUUUUCUUUAUCAGACGACAAUAAAACGUGUAAAGAGACAAACAAACAAUUAAAAAGGAGCAUUUUGGUGGCAGCUGGACCUAAAAUCUGUCAUAUCACCAUCACCGCCAUCAAUUCCUUCAAAUAUGUCCCUUCUCCAAUGAAUUGCGAUAUUAUAGCAUCAACACCUGCUGAUGUUUCAUACUUUGCAGCUUCAAUACAAUCCAAUGAAAUAUUUCUUGCAAAAGAGAAUACCAUUUACAGACAAAAAUUAUUUGAAACUUCUAAUGCUUCCAAUUUUUCAACUCAAAACCGAAUCUUAGGGUUAGAUUACGACUGGGUCACUGACACGUUAUAUUGGAGUGAGGAUACAGUAACCAAGAUUUAUGCAUGGAAUGUAUCAACAGAAAGAGACAGUAACACACUAGAGAUAUCUGCACCAAAUAUGGGGAUUCCUAAAGCAUUAAGAGUGGAUCCGUUUAAAAGGAGGAUAUUUUAUAUUGAUGCAUCCACACAAAGUUCAAUAAAGGUUAUUAAUUUAGAAGAUAGAAGCGUUCAGGUAUUAGAAAGCAUUGGUGUCGUAUCACCAGACCAUUUGAUUUACAAUCGCCGAAAGGACAUAGUAUUCUGGAGUGACAGUGGAAGACCCUCACUGGGCUCAUUAAAAUCAGAUGGAAGCAACACAAACUUUAAGCAGCUUCCUCAAGGAGUAACCUACUCAGGAAUAACGGUGUACAAGGAUUAUCUGCUAUGGUUGUCUAUGGAUCAGACAAAGCAUUACUUGAACGUUCAGGAAAGCACAGUCCUAAGCUCACCCAUUGAUAUCACAAUGCCCCUAUCACUAGGAGUUUCUAAAACAAGUGAUAUGCGUAUAUUUGAUAAAGCUUUACAACCAUCUGUAAAAGAACCUUGUAUUGUGGACAACGAUGGUUGCCAACACCUAUGUAUUGUAGAAGGAGACACUAGUCAAUGUGUUUGUCGUGUGGGAUAUACUCUUCAGCCUGACGGAAAGUCCUGUCUCUCUGCUCCAGUUGAAAAUAAUUUCUUGUUGACCACGGAUAUUCAACUGAACAUGAUCUACCAAAUAGAUCAAAAUAAUCAAGAUAUACAUACGAUUAACAUUUUGCCUGGGAGUCCUCAUGUUCUGGACUAUGACGACAUCAGAGGAGAAAUCGUCUGGUGGGACAAAUCUAAAAAUACCAUACGAAAAAGUUCUUUUGAUGGAACCAUUGAAAAAGCUGUAAAAGGUGGUGUCAUGGAUGUUCGAGGAUUAAGUGUUGACGAUUCGACUGGAAAUAUAUUUUACACUUCGAGUGAAGAUAUUUUCGUAACUUCUAGUUCUGGAAAUGUGUUUCGCAAGCUUUUAAGUCGUGGAAAUAUCGGUUCCUUACAAGUAGAUUCCAGACGAGGAAUAAUGGUAUGGAUUGAAGGUCGACCAAACCCCCGAAUUGCCAGGUCUUAUAUGGAUGGCACAAAUAUGGAAACAAUCAUAUCGAACUUAUCCCAUCCGAUUAUUACCCCUAUGGAUUUGACUAUCGAUGAUAAAGAUGGAAGUAUUGUAUGGUGUGACGAUACCCUGGACAAGAUUGAAAUUAUCAACAUGAAAACACUUACUCCACGAAUAGUAGUGAUUAACAGGGGAGAAUACCCCGUGUCUGUGGCGGUUCUAGGAGAAUUUAUCUACUAUAUUGCAAGAGAUAGAAGAUCUAUAAGGAAGAUUUCUAAAAUAUCGGGCUCUAAUCCGUCUGUAGUUGUUUCGUCUCCUCUGUUCGGGAAACUGUUGCAUUUAACAAUUUACAAAGGAAGUGACCAGAUUUUACAUAAACUUUGUUCCAACCAAAACGGUAUGUGUAGCAAGUUUUGUUUGCCAAAAGGUGAAAAUAAUAAGAUAUGUGCAUGUGAAGAUGGCGUCCAAGUAGGUUCAAAUGACCUGUGCCCAGGUGAUGUACAAUGCCCUUCCACGAUUAACCACGGGAGAAUUCCAGCUACAUGUAGACGAUUUGCUGGGGACAUGUGUCAAUUUACCUGUGAUGAGGGUUAUCAUACAGGUUUGCCAGGCAGCACUCGGCUUCUUUGUGGGUCUACAGGACAGUGGAACCAGACUAACAAUUUAUGUACAGUUAUAAAAUGUAAAAAUUCUUUCGAAAAUGGAAUCAUAUCACACGGUUGUAGUCUAGCGACUGGAUCAACCUGUGGGUACACGUGUCACGACGGUUAUACAAAGUCUGGGUCUGCAUCUCUAAUGUGCAACAACAAUGGUGAAUGGAACGAGGAUCUAAGCCAACUAUGCAAACUUGUGGAGGGGGAAAACUUGGCGGCCGUAGCAGGAGGAGGGGUCGCUGGGACAGUUGUGGUGGUGAUUCUCAUUGUUAUCAUCGUCAUUGUAGUUAAAAGACGAAACAACGAAGAAAAUUCAAACAAGCAACAGUUAAACACUGGACAAGCCUAUAUCACCCCGAGUGAGAUAAGUGCCAGUGCCCUUUCAGAAUCUCAGCUCAGUACGUACACGACUCUUUCAGAAGACAGGGAGAGUGUUUACGACGAAAUUCCACACGAUUAUGAGGAUCAGUCAAAAAUAAUCGACCAACCAAUAUCGGUGGCGAUACCAUCCGAGGGGUUCUCAAAAGAAGAAGGCAAAUGGAUACCCUGUGUGGACAAGGGGUCUUUCAGAUCAGAUAGGUACUCACGAUUCCCGAGACAACGAGAUGAAGAUGAGCAAGGCUAUCUCCGAGCUGAUCAGUUUGGAAUGAGAUACCAUAAAGAAGAUCCAGAACCUGAUUACGAUGAAGGUGCCAGAACAAGCAAACGCUGGACUUGAAUAUAGAGAAAGGUUACCGGAACAAUUCACGAGAAAGGAAUAAUCUGGAUAAUUCUGAAUAUUAUUUACCAUAAUUGGGAAAUCCAUUACCUUUUGACCC